AUGGCCGAAACCGACGCCGAGCGCCAGGCCCGCGAGGCGCGCGAGCAGCGCGAACGCGACGCCGAGGAGGUUCGCCUCCGCCAGGCGGAGGCCGAUCGCGCCGCGGCCCUCGACACGUAUGAAGCCAAGUACGCCGCCGUCCACGCCGCCGCCAUCGCCGUCCUCAACAUCAAGGUCCUCGUGCCCUCGGUUUUGGAUCGCACCGCCGAUAACUACAACCGGUGGCGCACCAUGUUCCUCACCGUCCUGGGCAAGUACGCCCUCACCGACCACGUCCUCUCCGACGUCAUCAACGCUGAUCGCCCAGCGUGGGUGCAGAUGGACUGCACGGUGCUCACCUGGAUCUACUGCACGAUCCACGCCGACCUCCAGCAGUCGACGAUGAACCGCAAGCCAAACGCACGCGGCGCGUGGCUCUACCUCGAGAACGAGUUUCUCGGCCAGCGCGAAUCGCGCGCCCUGCUGCUCUCGGCGGAGUUUCGCACGGCGAAACAAGGUUCGUCCUCGAUCACCGCCUUCUGCCGCCGCCUCGAGACGAUGGCGGCGACCCUCAGCGACUUCGGCGAUCCGAUCGGGGACCGGACCCUGGUCCUCACCCUCCUCCGCGGCCUCAACGGCAAGUUCCGGCCCAUGGUCUCCAACCUCAAGAUGCGGCAGCCCUUCCCCACCUUCGAGGAGGCCCGCACACUUCUUCUGCUUGAGGAGAUCGACAUCGAUGACCUCGCCGCCGGCGAGGCUGCCGGGGCCUCCGAUCCGCCGGCCUCCUCCACGUCGACCGCCCUCGUCGCCGCUCCACACCCUCCUGCUGGCCGUCCUCACGGCGGACACGGCCAGGGCAACCAGGCGGGUCACGGCCAGGGCAGGCACGCCUCCGGCCAGGGAGGCUACUAUGGCCAGGGGCAGGGCGGCACUGCUGGCCCCGGCCAGCAGCGGACCGGCCGCCGCCGUGGUGGACGCGGCCGCAACCAGCAGCAGCAGCAGCAGCCGACCGGCAACACCAGCGCUCCGCAACACCAGGUGCCGUACUACAAUCCGUGGGCGGGCCACGUUCAGUUCUGGCCGUGCCCGUCAAAUGCCUCCGGGACGCCGUUUCGUCCUCCGCCGGCCGCCUUCACCGCCCAGCAGCAGUACGUGCAGCAGCCGUCCGCCCUUGGGCCUCCUCCAGGGUUCGGCUACGGAGGACCGCCGCCACCACAGCAGCUGCAGCAGCAGCCCUGGACGCCCAUGCAAGGCAUGUCCUGGGAUCCGUCCGCCCUCGUCAGCAACUUCAACAGCAUGACGCUGACACCUCCUCCGUCCGGCGAAUGGUAUGCUGACUCCGGUGCCGGAGCUCAUAUGGUCAACAACGCUGGUAUACUUUCCAGCCUUCAUCCUCCAUUGUCAUCCAGUCCUUCAUCUAUCAUCGUUUGUAACGGAGCUUCGCUUCCCGUUACUUCUAUUGGGUCACACUCUUUUCCUACCACACGACGUCCUCUUGUUCUUUCUAAUGUUUUAGUAUCGCCUAACAUUAUUAAGAAUUUGAUUUCCGUACGUCGUUUCACUAUUGAUAAUAAUUGUUCCAUUGAGUUUGACCCAUUUGGCCUCUCUGUGAAGGACCUUCAGACACGGAGCGUGAUCGCCAGGUGCAAUAGCACGGGUGACCUCUACCCGUUCUUCCCGGCACCAUCCAGCACCACUGCUGCCCUCACCACUGCCACGUCAUCCACCUCCCUCUGGCACCGUCGUCUCGGUCAUCUCGGACACGCGGCUUUAUUCCAGCUUAUUAGUUCCAAUGUUAUUUCCUGUAAUAAGCACAACACCGAUCAUGUUUGUCAUGCCUGUCAGCUAGGUCGCCACGUGCGCCUACCAUUUAGUGUGUCAAACUCACGUGCAAUUCAUCCUUUUGAUUUAAUACAUUGUGAUCUUUGGACGUCUCCAGUUGUUAGUGUGUCUGGCUAUAAAUAUUAUUUAGUCAUUCUUGAUGAUUGCACUCAUUACACCUGGACGUUUCCAUUACGCCUCAAAUCUGAAACUUUUGGCGUCAUUUCUAACUUCUUUUCAUAUGUCCGCACGCAGUUCGACUCCACCAUCAAGGCAGUUCAGUGCGACAAUGGCCGCGAGUUUGACCACUCCUCGGCCCGCACGUUCUUCCUCACCCAUGGAGUCGUCUUUCGGAUGUCGUGCCCAUACACCUCCCAACAGAACGGACGUGCUGAACGCACUCUUCGCACCGUAAACAACAUCGUGCGGUCCCUUCUGUUCCAGGCCAGUCUUCCUCCUGUUUAUUGGGCUGACUCACUCCACACCGCCACUUAUCUCCUUAAUCGUCACCCAACUAAAACACUAGACGGCCGCACCCCCUUUUUCGCUCUCCACGGCACACAGCCCUCCUACGCUCACCUUCGAGUACUCGUCUUCCCGGCGGCAUGGACGCUGCCCCCGGGGCCCCUGGCCACCCCGCCGGCCAUGGGAGUGGCGCAGCCGGCCCUGCCGACCAUGGCAGUGGCGCCGGCGGCCCCAGCGGGCACACUGCUGGUCCCAGCAGCCGCGCAGCUGGCCAUGCCGGCAGUCAGGCUGGCCACGGCGGCCACGACGGCGGCUCGCUGUCCACUGGUCCUGAUGGUGCUGCUGCCCCUGCGGACUCGGUGUCCCAGGUUGCUGCUAGCGGCGCCGGACGGACCACCGGCCGCACCACCAUGA